GAGCCAUGGAGUCGGACUUGGAGCUGCUGGACGCUGUCAAGUAUGAAGCUGGAGGCUUUUGCGGGAUGAGCCUGCCAUCCCGUCCCCCCGUCCCGGUCCCGGCCUCCAACCAUCCACAGACACGCCUCCACGCCUUUCCUCCCCGUUUCAUGGCCUCGCUCUGCCCUGACCGGUCCUCCUCGUUUCUCACUUUUCACAGCCCCCCUCCUCGCACCUUGCCCACCAACACCCAAGGGCCUCCUUCGUCUUCUUCUCUUCACCGUGACUGUCUGUAACGUACCUACUGUACAGUGCAGCGGGCUCCCUCACAUGUUGUGAAGUCGUCCUUUGUUCUCUUCCCCACCCUUCUUCUCUCUUUCGCGCUUUCGUGACCACCUUCAUUCUUGACUUUCUCACGGCCUCCACACUCAGACCACCACGCUCUUUUGGUCACCAUCUCGACACGCGACCGCCUCUUCGACAUUCCAUUCCACUCGUUCCACCGGCGUCAUCUUUCGUUCUAGUCGGCCGCUUUCGAGCUGCUCCUUUUACACGCCGGCUACACUGAUUUCGUAUUCGGCCGCCUACCGCAACAUCCCUUGUGGCUGGCUACGUACACGCCGAGCUUUGGCUUGUGCGCACUGAGGCACCGUAAUACCCGAGGGAAUCACCCUUGGUCUCACCUCAGGACGUGUCUGCCUGCCUCAGCGCCUUUUCUCCUCCCCAUUCUUCACGACACAACUGUCGUCAGCUUGGCUUGACAGCCGGAGGUUGAGCUUGCCUCAUGCUCUCGACGACACGGCGCGAGUAAUCAUUGCUUUUUGAGCUCUCAUCAUGGGCCGAUUCGCACCUCUCGUUUUUAGCGCCCUGAGUGCGUUACAUAUACUCGGCGUUGCUGCACAGAGUGCAGACUGUAUUCCCCGGUGCACAAGUGAUACAAGAGGCCAAUUCACCAAGUUUUCUUGCGUGAAUGCUGAUGAUGCUGGUUGUCUGUGUGCCAAAGCCGACUUUUUCUAUGGCGUUCGCGACUGCGCCAUUGCCUGUGGCGCUUCGGAGCCCACCGUACACCAGGCACUCGUUGGCGGUUUCUGUCCCGGUCUGACUUUUGGCGCAUCGACAUCGGCGGCCGCCCCUUCAAACACCGCUGCACCAACAACACCAACGCCGACGCCAACACCCACGCCGACGCCGACGCCCACACCCGCGGCUACAACGGCUCCGUCCUCCACGACAUCGACUUUGACAACUAGCUCCAGCUCUACUUCGGCGUCUUCCGCCUCCGAGACCGCACAGCAAACGUCGACGUCGACAUCGGCGAGCAGUUCGGCAUCUGCCACAGCCGAGUCUACAUCCGCGGCCUCUGCAACUCAGUCAUCCGCGCCAUCCACUACGAAUUCUGGCAUCCCAGCCAGCGCAACGUCUUCGGACCCUGCUGCGGCUGGCUCUUCGAAGUCCGGACUGUCCCAGGCUGCCGUGAUUGGCAUCGGCGUGGGCAUUGGAGCUGCCGUUAUUGCCAUUGCGGGCAUUGUUAUCUGCCUCCUUCUUCGCAACCGGAAGCGCCGACCCCGCCAGCAUCCCCACUUCGAGAUCUCAAAGCCGCUUCCCGGCGCGGGCAGGACCUAUGGCAGCCCCGACCACGGAGCUUUCGAGAAGUAUCAUCAUGACAUUGAGUUGUCCUCCAACCGGUACGAGGACAUGGUCCCGCGUACGCAACCGAGAACCAUGGUGUGAUUGGGGUUGGGCACAUUCCUUGGACCAGGUCUGCGCUCGACGAGCAGGCUCGAAACGACAAGCCGCAGACGCUUUCAUUUACCUCGGAACAACCAUUUCAUCUGCACAGUCGAUUACGGUGGCGUGAUACAAUGAGCUAGUCGGGCCCGUGCCAGUACCACGAAAGGUAUCACACCGUGGCUGGGCGAGCGACGUAACUUAUAGGAUGGCUGGCUCAGCACCCUGACGGUGCGGCGGCGCACAAUGAUACCUUUUCACUUUUUCCAUUUUAACGCGCCACACGUUACUUUACCAUGCAAAGGUGGCUGCCUUUAGAUAUCCAUGGGAAAGUCCCGAGCAACGGAGAUUUUAGCUCAGUUGUACAGCUAGGUAUCCAAUGUACAUGUGUGUUGUUACAG